UUCAUCUCAUCCACUUUAAAUAUGUACUUUAAUCUUUUAUUACUCCUUUUCAUCCCCUUAAUUGAUUCAUUCGUUCAUCACAAAUCCGUAAGAAGAGAUUUAGAGAAACACCACAAAUUAAAUAACAAUUUUUUCACCCCAACAACUCAUAAAAUCCACGUUUUCACCGACCAUAUUUGUGCGGAAACCAACGCAAUUUGCGUACAUCCGGUUCAAUGUCCUGCUCAUUUUCGCCUUGGAAAUUUAAAAAAAUGUACCUUAAAAGGUGGAACUCGUGGUUUGUGUUGUUCCAGCGGUCAAAAUCAUACCGUUCAUUCAAUUAAGAGAAAUCGAGAGUCGUUCGUAAAGGUAUCCAAAGAGAUUUUUAAGGAUAUCCACAGAUCGAGUCGAUAUGGAAUGGAAAAAUUGCGUGGUAAAAAUGUUGAAUUAUUAAGCUUGAAGGAACCACCGAAAAUAAUGGAAGGAACUCCAUCUUUCGGUCAUUUUAGAAGUAAAAGGGUUUAUGAUAAAGAUGAUGUUUUGAUGGUUAUGGAAGUUGCUGAUAAAGCUAUGGAAGUUGUUUUGGCCACAAAAGCUUUAAAAGAACG